UUGCCCGGCUGGCGUGGGAUUUUGUUUGGCAACAGCAGGUGGGGGCGAGGGGUUAGCAGGCGGACUGACUGCGCGCAGGAGUUUCCGAUGCCCGUGAAUUUCCACGGCGGCAGCUGCUCGCUGUCAACACGAGUGGUCCUGUGAAAAUUGCAAAUAAGAGGGAUGUCUGGGCUGUUUCCACCCGAGGACAGUUAACAGGUGAUGUGGCUCGAGGGAAGGUUUGGAAAGGCCUUUUAAAGCAAUGGCGCUGAUGAAGAGCGGCUGGCUUUGGAGACAGAGUUCCAUUUUGCGACGCUGGAAAAGGAAUUGGUUUGUUCUGUGGCUAGACGGUGGCCUUGUAUAUUACCAGGAUGAGACCCAGCGUGACCUGGAGGGCAGGAUCCACAUCAAAUUCAACUGCCGGGACAUAAAGACUGGCCGCGAAUGCAGAGAUGUGCAGCCUCCGGAAGGGAAGAGCCGAGAUUGCCUGAUGACGAUUGUGCUGCGAGAUGGCUCCAAAGUGACCCUGUGUGCGGAGAGUGAGGAUGAUGCUGUCGCCUGGAAGAUGGCAGUGCUGGAGGCGAAAAACACCCCGGUCCAUAUGUACGACCCAUAUGACGACUAUUACCAGACAGUGCCCUUGGAUUCCCACCAGACCAUGUACGUCAGCUCGGGAUACUACGGCACCCAGUACGGAGGGCUGCGGGAACAACGGCGUCCCUGGGCGCCCUCCUCCACGUUCACCCUGCAUCUCCUUUUGUCUUUGCCCCUCAGCGCCUGGAGUGACUCACGUGAUUGUCCGCGAGGACCCCUACCGCGUGUCGGGAGACCAUAUGGCUUUGGGCCUGCUGGCCGGCGCCGCCACCGGGGCCGCCCUGGGAUCCUUCAUGUGGAUGCCGUGCUGGUUCUAAGAACUCGCUCGCCCGCGGGACGCCUCUGGACCAAGCGCUUGACCGAGAAGUUUGGGUUCCCUCCAGGCGGCCUGCGGGGCGAUGCCCUAGAACGUAGAUCGUUGUAAGGUUCCCCUCCCAUCCCCAAUGAGUCUGCACUUUGCUUGGCGUGCCUGACUAGGCGCAUUGGUGGCAUAAAUUUUCCUUUGCCUCCUAACCCAGCAGUCUUUUAAUUUUCUCAUCACUCAACACAAUCCAGACGCCCACCCUGACCUAGGCAUGGCGCUGCCCACCCAGACCUCGACCAGGGCCAAGCAGAGAGUGCUGCUGUUCUGGAGGAUGAACAGAGACCUCCGGUACUUCUCAGCGUCUCCUUCUGCUCUGAACUGACAGCUUCUGCUCCUGGCCCUCCUUCUCUGAAGAGAGGGACAGAGGAGGUGAGCACGGAGCCAGAUCCUCAGCUGGUGUAGGGUGAUUUAACUCCAGUGACGUCAGUGGGGUGAUGCCAGCUUACUCCAGCUGAGAAUCUUGUCUCCAUUGGCCCCUGGGUUUCAGAUCCCUGUAGCGUACAGGCCAGUGCUGUGUAAAUUGCAGGUGUUUUAUACAUUGCAUUUAAAAGAGAUCCUACUUGGACUUAAAUAGGAAGUAAAAGGAAACAGCCCCUUUCCUAUGUAGCAGCCCCCCUCAGGUGUGUAACACAUAGAACAUGUGACUGACUAGCUGUGUAAAGGAAACACAUAUGUCAUCCCACCGGGUGGGGGGGGGCAGGGUAUUUUAGUUUAGACGUGAUUCUAUAUGGUCCAGUGCACCGUGAAGUGCAAUAGGCAAAGUCCACAGCGUAGUUCAUGUCACCUGUAAAACGUACUUGGCGUGAGCCACGCGAAUCCUUCCGUGUGUCACCAGCGCAUGUGGACACUUACCCAGCGUCUGUUCCACUCCACUCACAUGUUAAAAAGCUCUGACUCCCUCGCUAAGUGUGUGACGCCCUCUGUCCUUCCCCCACGGCGCUUUGUGCUGGGGCUGGGCUGGUGGUUAGCGCCCAGCCCCUGCUGCCCCCCAGGGCCUCUCCCUCAGCCCCAGCUCUUGCUCUCUGAGCUGCCGGCCUGAGAGUGCCACCCCCCGGAGGCAGGCCAAGGGAGGUCUUUGUGGCAAAGACUGCGGUGGACCUCCAACGUGCCAGGCCACGAAGGGGACCAUAGCCACGCAGGUCACUGCCAGCAGGGGGAUUCGGGAGGAGCGUGACGUGCAGCCCUUUUACAGGCUCAUGGUCAAUGCUCAGGCCGUUCCAGGGCCCCGUGCUGCUCAACCCUUCUUCCCCCUUGGAGGCGGCAGGACGGUGGGUGAGUAAGACUUUGCAGGCGCAAGCCGUGCCCCUCCCGUUAGCCCAGUUCCGGCCACUUCCAGACAGUUUCUGCUUUUCACUACAGCCUGCACUGGUAGUGCCUGACUAUACAGCCAGUUCCACACUUCGCUGCGUGAGCCCCCAGACUGACCCCCUGAUCGGAGCACAGCCCCUGCUUUGUCCCCGUGCACAAAGAGGGAAAGCAGCGUCGGCAGAGCAUAGUGGCCCAGGCUGGGAUGAAUGGUAGACAGAAAUUAUGCCUAUUUUAUGCCAUGUGUGGUGGUGGAUGUGCCAGGGUGGAUGGCGGGAUGCCCAUUCUCUGCCCACCCUUGGGAGGGGGUACACGCAAGGGUGGAGGGCAGUAUGCCCAAUCUGUGCCCAGUGGCAGAACUUGGUGCAUGCAAGGGUGGAGGGCAAUAUGCCCAUUCUGCAUCCACUGGCAGGAGUGGGUAAGCACAAGGGUGAAAGGCCCAUUCUGUGCCCACCUGUGUUUCAAGAGGCAGGCAUACACCACGCAAAUUGCUGAGGGAAAACUGGCUGUAGCUUCCCAUCUCUCCUACUAGAUCUGUGGGCGGCAAGAGGCAGUUUUUACACCCCACAGGGUUUCUAGGAACCCAGUGCAAUCCAGUAGCAGGCAUUAACUCUAGCCGUUUCCAGGGCACUGUCUGGUACUGUGCUGUAACCCCGUCGUUCACUUAUGCUGGCGUCCAGCAUCACGCGGGGUGGGCUCCGGGAAGCAUUCUGUGAUGCCGCUGUACAUCUGAAGCACUGCAAAAUGAAGCAUGACCCUCUAGUAAACACUGACUCCUGUAAACGCAUCUCGCCACUGUGUGGUCAGUGGCUUCAGCAGUGCUGUGGCAUCUGGCCUGUGUGGCAUUGCUCCCAGAGGGGGAGAUGUGUUAUGAGUGUGGGGCUAAACCCCCCGUGGGAUUCUAUUUUAAAGAGCCCCUCUAAUGAUAUCAGAGAUAAUAGUGGAGACAGACCACGGGCCAGAUUCUGACCUGGUUUACUCCAUUGUCAGAAAGCAGCAGCUCCAUUGACUUCAAAGGACUGAUCUGGGUUUACCCUACUGAAAGCUAGAGCAUAACAUGACCUUAUCUCGUGAAAGGUGCCGGCCAGAAGCUCAGCACCCUUAGCGUUCAGCUGCUGGGUGGGCUUUUCCCUGAGGAUGAUUGACAGAAUUGUUGACAAGUCAGUAAUGAUCUCCUUAUGUGCAUUAGGUAAGAGUGCAGCCGUAGCCAGGGUUAGGGGGGUGAGCAAGACAGCCUUAGCCACUCUGUGUCCAUUUCAGAGACUGCGAGAUAUUUACUGUGCUGUUAAAGGGACCCAGAAAACAUAAAACACGUACUUAAAGACAGACCUUGUGUCUGUUACUAAUAGCUUAGAUCAGUGGCAGCCAGGGGUACAUGUACCCCUAGGGGUAUGCAGAGAUCUUCCAGGGUACAUCAACUCAUCUAGAUGCUUGCCUAAUUUUACAACAGGCUACAUAGAAAGCACUAGCGAAGUCAGUACAAACAAAAUGCGAAAGUCAGCAGUUGUUCAGUAACAGUGUGGCUGUGACACUCAUGUAUUUUUAUGUCUGAUUUUGUAAGCAAGUAAUUUUUAAGCAAGGUGAAAUUUGGAGUACGCAAGACAAAUCAGGCUCCUGAAAGGGGUACAGAAGUCUGGAAAGAUUGAAAGCCACUGGUUUAAGAUUAUUUACACGGCAAGUAUCGGGGGUAGCCGUGUUAGUCUGGAUCUGUAAAAAGCGACAGAGUCCUGUGGCACCUUGUGGACUAACAGAAGUAUUG